AUGGAUUUGGUAGUGUUGUAUCCAACAUCCAACAGCCCAAAGUCACCUGAUCUGCAUAAAAUGAUAGUCCCAAAAAACAGCCAGGACAGUGACUUGAAAAUUAAACUGGCCGUGAGAAUGGAUAAACCGCCUCACAUGAAGCACUGUGGAUAUUUGUAUGCUUUGGGACAGAAGGUUUGGAAGCGGUGGAAAAAACGCUACUUCGUUCUUGUUCAGGUUAGCCAAUAUACAUUUGCAAUGUGCAGUUACAGAGAAAAGAAAUCUGAGCCUCAGGAACUGAUGCAACUGGAAGGAUACACUGUGGAUUAUACAGCUCCUCACACAGGUCUUCAGGGUGGUCGAAUGUUUUUCAAUGCUGUUAAAGAAGGUGAUACUGUGAUAUUUGCCAGUGAUGAUGAGCAGGAUCGAAUACUCUGGGUUCAAGCCAUGUACAGAGCCACGGGUCAAUCAUAUAAGCCUAUUCCUGCAAGUCAAGCUCAGAAGAUGAAUCCUAAAGGAGGAAAUGUCAACACAGAAAUAUCCCCACUUUAUGCAGACCGUGGCCAGAAACAUGGCAUGGAUGAGUUUAUUUCUGCUAAUCCCUGCAAAUUUGACCAUGCUUCCCUCUUUAGACUGCUUCAGAGGCAGACCUUGGAUCACAGAUUGAAUGACUCCUAUUCUUGUUUGGGUUGGUUUAGCCCAGGUCAAGUCUUCGUGUUAGAUGAAUACUGUGCUCGCUACGGCGUGAGAGGCUGUCACCGCCAUCUUUGCUAUCUCACUGAAUUGAUUGAACAUUCAGAAAAUGGUUCUGUCAUUGAUCCAACCUUGCUCCACUACAGUUUUGCAUUUUGUGCUUCUCAUGUUCAUGGUAACAGGCCAGAUGGAAUUGGAACAGUAUCUGUUGAAGAGAAAGAAAGGUUUGAGGAAAUUAAAGACAGACUUUCCUCCCUUUUAGAAAACCAAAUAAGCCAUUUCAGAUACUGUUUCCCUUUUGGACGUCCAGAAGGAGCUUUAAAAGCCACACUUUCAUUACUUGAAAGGGUUUUAAUGAAAGAUAUUGCCACUCCUAUACCAGCAGAAGAGGUGAAGAAAGUGGUUAGAAAAUGUCUGGAGAAGGCCGCCUUGAUCAAUUACACUCGACUUACAGAAUAUGCCAAAAUAGAAGCAACAGCAGAAAAGGACACAGAGACCAUGAACCAAGCAACACCUGCUAGAAAACUGGAAGAGGUUCUUCACCUUGCAGAACUCUGUAUCGAAGUAUUGCAGCAAAAUGAAGAACAUCAUUCAGAGGGAAGAGAGGCAUUCGCUUGGUGGCCAGAAUUAUUGGCUGAGCAUGCAGAGAAGUUUUUGUCUCUGUACUCUGUUGAUAUGGAUUCAGCACUCGAGGCACAGCCACAGGACUCCUGGGACAGCUUCCCACUGUUCCAGUUGCUGAAUAACGCCCUCAGAAAUGACACAUUUUUGUGCAAUGGAAAGUUUCACAAGCACUUGCAAGAAAUUUUUGUUCCCAUGGUCAUCCGCUACAUCGAUCUCAUGGAAUCAUCAAUUGCCCAGUCCAUUCACAGAGGUCUUGAACAAGAAUCGUGGCAACCUGUCAAGAGCAUCACCAACAGUCUUCCUAAUGUAGCUCUUCCAAAAGUUCCAAGUUUGCCUCUUAAUCUUCCACAAAUACCUAGCUUUACUACACCAACCUGGAUGACUUCUUUGUAUGACUCCACCAAUGGCUCAGCUACAUCAGAAGAUCUUUUCUGGAAGCUGGAUGCUCUGCAGAUGUUUGUUUUUGAUCUUCACUGGCCAGAACCAGAAUUUGCUAGCCAUUUAGAGCAGAGACUUAAACUCAUGGCCACUGACAUGAUAGAAGCCUGCGUUAAAAGGACAAGAAUUGCAUUUGAACUCAAGCUGCAAAAGAUGAACAAAACAACAGACUUGCGGAUCCCUCCUUCUCUGUGUACAAUGUUCAAUGUCUUAGUUGAUGCCAAAAAACAGACAGCUAAACUCUGCAUACUGGAUGGGGGGCAAGAGCAACAAUACCAUUCAAAAAUAGAUGACUUGAUUGAAGAAACUGUUAAAGAAAUUAUUUCACUUCUUGUUUCAAAGGUUGUUUCAGUGUUAGAAGGUGUGCUGUCUAAAUUGUCAAGAUACGAUGAAGGCACUUUUUUCUCAUCAUUAGUUUCGUUCACUGUGAAAGCAGCUGCAAAAUACGUUGAUGUUCCUAAACCAGGGAUGGAUCUAGCAGACACCUACAUUAUGUUUGUUCGACAAAACCAGGAUAUACUUCGAGAAAAGGUCAAUGAGGAAAUGUACAUAGAGAAGUUAUUUGAUCAAUGGUACAGCAACUCCAUGAAAGUCAUAUGCCUGUGGUUGGCUGACAGAUUAGACGUUCAGCUUCACAUCUACCAGCUGAAGACUCUCAUCAAGAUAGUGAAGAAAACCUACCGGGACUUCAGGUUGCAAGGUGUGCUGGAGGGAACGCUGAACAGUAAAACCUACGAUACCGUUCACAGCCGCCUGACUGUAGAGGAGGCCACGGUCUCAGUCACGGAUGGAGGAGGACUUCAGGGCAUUACUAUGAAAGACAGUGACGAGGAGGAAGGAUGAUGUUAUUUUACCAAGCAUCUGGAGUUAGGGGUGAUGGCCUGAGGGUGGGGGUUAUCUUUGGCUUGGGAUUUUUUUGUAACUUGUCCUUGUAGUUGCAUUUAUAGUUUUGCCUUAUGAUAGAGGUGCAGCAAGGUAAUUUGCUCCAUUUUUUAAAAACAAAAGUAAGAUUAUCAGAGGAAAAGUGCCAAGGACUUUUUGAGAACAAUGGUUGUAGCAUAUUUUAAUGUAUAGCUUUGCUUAGGUCUGCAAGAACACUGGCAUGGAGUUUCAGUUCCACUUGUGAUUAUGAUUCUUUCCCUUUCGUUCGUUACCAUUUGUUCUUGUAUCUCCAUCAAAUAUUGAUGUCCUGUGCUGAAAACAAAAUGUGUGCCUCACUUAAAACACAGCUAUACAGGAAAUCAUUCUUGGAAUAAGUCAGUGCCCUAGGUAAAAAAAAUAGCGUAUUUUCAGGAUUACAUUUUGCUUACCUUUUUUGUGCUUAAUUUUACAUUAUGUGAUGUGCAUUAAAAAUUUUAAUCCUGGUUCUUUGUAUUUUGAGGUUGGUAUAUAUGUAAUAGGACUUCAAGGACAGUCAAACACAUACAAACUACUUAGGAGUGGUUUUGUGUCUAUUCAGUUGCAAGUUUAAAGAUAUCUCAUCAUGUUGGAUGUCAGUAAGCUUGCCAUCAAUGUUUCUAUUUCUGUGAAAAAAUUCAGGCAAUAAGAACACAUUUUGUUGUGACCACUUCUGUAUCCACCUGUUUGUAUAGAAUUCUACAAUUAAAAGAUGUUUUCAGUAUUUCAAAC